GGGGGAGACGCGGUAGGCACCGGGCCAGGUGCCUACGCGCGGCCGCAGUUCUGGCCCCACCCCGGAGCCCUGUCGGAAGGCCUCGGCUUGUGUCUCUCGGGAGUCAAGACAGCAAGGGGCUGUCCGGGCCUUUUCCCGCUUCGCUUCACUUCUCGCCAGGCAAGGCGGGCGGUGAGAGAAAUCCAGCGCGGGCCCGGGCCCUGCAAGGCUGCUCGCCCCGCCAAGAGCGGGCCGGAAGCGGGGGAGAAAGGCGAGCCUGCCCCGAGGCCCAGGAAUGUGCCCGCAGGCGGCCGCCGGCGGGAAGAGGGUCGCCUCCCGGGCGCCCGGGGCUCACAACGUCUGCCGUGUCCUCACCCGCAGGGCCCACGGCUUUUAUGCCAGAGAUGCCGGUGUCGCCCACAGAAAAAACCUGGGACUGCUCAGAAAGAUAAUAUGUCAGGAAAGUACUAAAUUCAAGAAUGUUUGGACAACUCAUUCUUUAUCUCCUAUUGCAUAUGAAAGAGGAAGAAUUUACUUAGACAAUUACCGGUGCUGUAUUAGCAGCAUUGCACAAGAGCCAAGAAUACUUUAUCAAAAGCCAAAGUGUUCUAAGUCAGAAAAAAUAGAAGAUGCUUUAUUAUUGGAAUGCCCACUGGGGGAAAUGCUACCAAGUCCAUCGGACUAUAAAUCUUCCCUGAUAGUCUUGACAGUGCAGAACUGGCUUCUACGUCUCUCUGCUGAUAGUGGAGAAAUACUGGAAAAAAUAUACCUUGCCGGUUCCUGUUGCAAAUUCAGGUAUCUGAGCUGGGAUACUCCUCAGGAGGUAAUGGUUGUAAAGUCCUCUCAGAAUAAGCUCCCUGCAGCAGCACGGCAGGCAGGUAUCCAACAGUCUGUAUUGUUCUAUCUUGCUGUAUUCCAAGUUUUGCCUCUUUCAUUCAUUGGAAUGCUAGAAAUAAACAAAAAGAUAUUUGGCAAUAGUGUGACAGAUGUUGCUGUUUCUAAUGGAAUUCUGAUUGUAAUGUAUAGCAUAGGUCUGGUCAGGCUCUAUAACUUCCAGGCCAUCUCUGAACAGUUCAUGGAACAGCCAUUUGAUUUGGGACAUGAAUUCAACUGGAAUGGUCAAGUGGGAGUUGUAGGAAAGUAUCCAUUUGGUCUUCCAUGUAACAUUAAAAUAACAGAUACCCCACCUUUGCUAUUUGAAGUAUCUUCUCUGGAGAAUGCAUUUCAAAUUGGAGGUUUUCCUUGGCAUUAUAUCAUCACACCUAACAAGAAAAAACAUAAAGGAGUCUUCCAUAUUUGUUCUCUGAAAGACAAUGCUUUGGCAAAAAAUGGCAUCCAGGAUAUGAAAUGCUGUUCACUGGAACCUGAUUGGAUAUAUUUCCAUCCAGAUAUGUCAGGUAGAAUAAUCCACGUGGGACCAAAUUUGAUAAAAGUCUUGAAGCUUAAGGAAGUUAAAAAUGAUACAGAUCAAAUGGAGGUUGCAGAAGAUUUUACAAUUGUGGCCAACAGAGAAAAAUGUGUGCACAACGCUGUUACUGUAACAGCUUCUGGUCGAGUGGUGAAAAAGCGUUUUAACUUGCUGGAUGAUGACCCAGAACAAGAGACAUUCAAAAUUGUGGACUAUGAAGAUGAAUUGGAUUUGUUAUCCACUGUGGCAGUUACUCAAAUAGGAGCUGAUGGAAGAGCUCACCUUGACUUUCAUUGUAAUGAACAUGGGAUUCUACUUAAGAGUAUUCCAUUACUGGAGUCCUGGGAUGUGACUUACAGUCAUGAAGUUUACUUUGACAAAGACCUUGUAUUACACAUAGAACAGAAGCCUAACAGGAGGUUCAGUUGUUACGUUUACCAAAUGGUCUGUGAUAUUGCAAAAGAUGAUGAAUGUUCAAGCCACGAAAAACCAGAAAGAGUAUUUUGUAAAAAAGGAGGGAGAAUUUUUGAAUAUAUUUAAGACAUAAACAGCAACUACAGAGACUUCAAUUUGGAUGUUAUUUAAGGACUUCAUACAGGUAAAUUAGUCAACUACUGGUUUUCAGGCAGGAUUUAAUCUUAACAUUUUGUACUACUUACUACAUGAGGUUUUAUUUCCUUUUUUCUCUGUAAUAUUGUGCACUUGUCUGUAGUCCAUAAUGGCUUUUCAUGUAUUCACCAGUUCAUCACUAGAUGCAGCAUUUAUGCUUCUCUGCAGCAAUUGGAUUGAAAUACCAGACAUCAAGGAGAAAGAUGUGGAUUUACUGAUCAUGUACCAUCUGCUGCUGUCUGUCUUACGUAGUUUCACCUAUGCAACUUUAAUACAGGCUAUUAUUUUUAAAAAGUAUGUAAAACUAUAUAGGAUAAAUUCUAUAUGUAGUAUUAAAGUGGCAGACUUACCAUUAAACCACUUAGCAAAAUCCUUCUGUUGGUUUUGUGUGAGAAAUAAAAUCACUCAGGUUUUCUGGUUGUGUUUGGUUUGGUGUAAAGAGAAGUAUUAAUAAAUGAUGUAUUUUUACUGCCUUUUAAA